AUGCAUGAAGCCAAGGUUGUAGUGGGUAUCGCGUCGGUCUGCUCGGCCUUCGCCAUUCUGGCCGUCCUCGUGGUCGUCCCCAACCUGUACAGCACCAUCAACGCCGUCAACGACCGCGUCCAGAUGGGCGUCCAGAAGUUCCGCGACGACACCGACGGCGCCUGGACCCAGUUGAUGGAGGUCCAGCUCUCCGUCACUCCACCAUCCAAGCCACGUGAGAACCCAUUCAACUCCAUCUUCCGUCAGAAGCGUCAAGCCGCCGGCGGUCUGCCUUCGUGGUGCCAAUGCGAGCCCGCCAAGCCAAACUGCCCACCCGGCCCACCAGGACCACCCGGUCCACCCGGUACUCCAGGUCAACCAGGUAACCCCGGUCCACCAGGAAACGACGGAGCCCCAGGAGAGGCCGCUGCCCCAUGCCCAGCUCACGACACCAGCUGCAUCAAGUGCCCAGCCGGACCACCAGGCCCACCAGGUCCAGAUGGACCACCAGGAACCCCCGGCCCAGACGGUCAGCCAGGUCAACCAGGAACCGGCGGCGGACAAGGACCACCCGGACCACCAGGACCAUCCGGAGACGCCGGACCAUCCGGUCAACCAGGAGCUCCAGGACAGCCCGGUCAACCAGGUCAAGACGGUACCCGCUCCACCUCUCAACCCGGACCAAAGGGACCACCAGGCCCAGCUGGACCAGCCGGACAACCAGGACCAAACGGAAACCCCGGUCAACCCGGAGGCCAAGGACCACCAGGCCCACCAGGACCAAACGGUCAACCUGGUCAGCCAGGUCAGGACGGUACUCCAGGUCAGCCAGGAGGUCCAGGUCUUCCAGGAUCGGACGCCGCCUACUGUCCCUGCCCACCCCGUACCUCGGUCUUCGUCCACCGUUCUUAA